AUGUUAAGUUCUGGGAAUAAUUUAAGCCGAGGGAAUGCUGGAUUGCCCGCUGAUAUGCCACCAUUGCUUCAGUGUUUGUCUUUGGAGCCGAUUACAUUGGGGAGUCAGAAAUAUACACGGACUGGAGAAUUAAGCUGGGUUCUAGGUGUUCCUCUUCGAAGUAGGACAUCAGAGGAUCACUCUUUUGGAGUUCCACAUGCCAAACUUUCCCCUCCUGUUGCAACUGAGGAGCUUAAGAACUUUAAGGAAAGUGUUCAAGAUACUUUAAGAAAGGCCAGGGAUAGAGUGAAGAAGUUUCAGGAGUCUAUUUCUAAAUUGGAAAUUUAUAGAGAAGCCUUAGCCUCAAAGAAGCAGCAACGAAGUGAUAUUUCGAAUGAGAGAACUAGUGGAGUAACCGUUGCAAAGAUGGGAAGCCAGAUUAAUAGAAACACUCAUGAAAUAAUGAACCGAAGAUCAGAGGAUAGGUCAAAGGGUGUGGGGCUCAACAAGCGUGUACGCACGUCAUUUGCCGAUUUACGGGCUGAUAACAGGACUGCUGUGAAUCCAAGGCAGCAGGGGGUAGUAGAAAAGGAUGGUGAUGUGCUUCCAACUGUUAAUGGGGGUUUUGCUCAAACUGAAGAACAGAUCCGCAGAUUGCCAGGUGAAGGGUGGGAGGGAAAGAUGAAAAGGAAACGCUCUGUUGCAGCUGUAGGAAAUAGAAUUGCCAAUGCUGGUCGAGAUAUCAAACGAGCUAGUCAACCUAAGAUGAGUUCUGAAUCAAAGUUGCAGUCAUGUGAUACCUGGGUUUCAGAGCAUAUGAUUGUGAUUGCUCGUUUGCUGCCAUCAAAUAAAGCUUUUAUAUCGAAAUCUUCCCCUGGAGUUGGUGGAAUUAACAGGUCACAAGGUUCAUUUGAGGGUGCAGGUUCAGAGGCUAAUACAGUACUCAGGAAUGAAUUGGAGAGUACAUCUAUUCCUCGGGAUCAUGCAGCUAUGUUGGAACAGAGGGUUGCCAUAGAAACAAAUAAUAAGGCAAGUCUUCAGGAGGACAAUCAAGCAAGUGGCUCGAGUACAAUGUUAAAAGGGAAGGUUUCUAGGGCACCAAGAACUGGGUCUAUCAUGGUGUUAGACUCAUCUUCUAAAAUACACCUCUCAUCAGGAGCUUUGCAGGGUUGGGAACAGCCAACUCUAAAUAAGAUCCAAACUUCAGGUGUUGUGAACAAUAAAAAACGUCCAGUGUCUAUAGGUUCAUCAUCACAUGCUAUAUCCCUGUGGGGUGGUCAGAGACCACAUAAAAUCUCACGAACAAGGAGAGCAAAUUUAGUAUCCCCUGUGGCUAAUGCUGAAGCUCAGAUUUCAUCUCAAGGCUUUGCAACACCUAAUUUUGGUGCUAGGGCAUCUAUUGGAGCUGGUGGAUCUCUUCUUGGCAGAAGUGUAAGUAAUGCUCCUCCAAAUAUUAAGCGGGAACUUGAGCAUGUAUCUUCUCCAUUUGGGUUAUCUGAGAGUGAAGAAUCAGGGGCCGGAGAUAACAAAUCAAAAGAAAAAGGAAUUGAUACUUGCGAGGUUACUCUUCCUGCAUCUCAGAAAGCUGAGGCUUUCUUUUUGCCCACAAGGAAGAAUAAAAUUACAAAUGAAAUUGGAGAUGGAGUUCGAAGGCAAGGAAGGAAUGGAAGAAGUGCAUCACCCUUGACAAAACCAGGUGUACAUCCUAUAACGGAGAAGUCAGACAAUCUUACAACGACCAAGCUAAUUCAAAGUGCAAGACCAUCUUCUGAUAAAAAUAGAAGUAGAACAGGUCGCCCACCUUCCAAAAAGCUGAAAGGUCGCAAGGCCUCAACUCGUGUUGCUUCGAUGCUAAAUAAUGUUUCUUCAGAUUUCACAGGUGAAUCUGAUGAUGAUGACCGUGAUGAACUAUUUGCAGCUGCCACUUCUGCACUGAAAGCUAGUGGUCUUGCUUGUUCUGGUCCUUUCUGGAAGAAAAUGGGAUCUAUUUUUAAUUCACUGAGCUCAGAGGACACAUCUUAUGUCAGGCAACAGCUAAGUUUGGCAGAAGAACUUGAUGAGAGUUUGUCUCAAAUUUUCGGAGAUGGAUUUGAUGUUUUGGGUGUUGCAGUGCAGAAAGAUGCGCCCGUUUCUGUUGAAGAAGUGGCCAAAACUAAUGCUGCAAGUGAAAGAUUUGAUAUAAAAAGUUUGACAAGGUUACACCUUUAUAUCAAAGAGUUCUUUCUGCUUUGAUUGAAGAAGAUGAAAGUGAAGAAAUU